AUGGUUAAUCGGUCCCUGAAAAAGGUAAUUGAGAAAGUUGCAGUGGGGGCAAGCGUGAAAGAAUUAUGUGAACUUGGUGAUAGCUUGCUGACAGAAGAAACAGGAAAGGUAUUCAAGAAAGAAAAAGAAAUGAAGAAAGGUAUAGCAUUUCCCACCUGCAUUUCUGUCAACAACUGCAUCUGUCACUUCUCUCCUCUUAAGAGUGACAAUGAUGUGAUACUCCAAGAUGGUGACAUGGUUAAGAUAGAUCUCGGCGCCCAUCUACAUGGCUUCAUCGCGGUCGCCGCUCACACGCUCGUCGUCGGCUCGUCGUCACAGAACAAGGUCACCGGGCGAAAGGCUGACGUCAUCAUGGCUGCCCACCUCGCGUCCCAGGCCGCUCUGCGGUUGGUGAAACCUGGCAACGAGAACUCUGCAGUAACGGAGUCCAUCACAAAGGCUGCUGUAGCGUUUGAUUGCAAGCCGAUUGAAGGCAUGUUGUCCCAUGAGCUGAAGCAGCAUAAGAUCGAUGGAGAUAAAGCAAUCAUUCAGAAUCCAAACGAAGCUCAAAAAAAGGAGCACGAAAAGUGUGAAUUUGAUGUUCAUGAGGUGUAUGCAAUCGACGUCAUCAUCAGUACUGGAGAAGGCAAGGGAAGGGAACAGGAUACUAGGACCACUGUUUACAAGAAGACCGAAGAAACCUACCAACUAAAGAUGAAGACAUCUAGAGCAUUCUUCAGCGAAGUGGAUAAGAAAUUUGGAACUAUGCCAUUCACGUUAAGGGCUUCUGAGGAUGAGAAGAAGGCAAGAAUGGGGGUCAUCGAGUGUGUGUCACACAAGCUGCUCGAACCAUUCAACGUGCUCUACGAACGAGAGGGGGAAUUUGUGGCACAGUUUAAGUUCACAGUCCUUCUCAUGCCGAAUGGGCCGAUGAGAAUUACCGCUGGGCCCUUCGACGCUGACAUUUACAAAUCAGAAAAGGCUGUGACGGAUGAAGAUCUGAAGGCGAUUCUUAGCACACCAGCCAACCGAAAGGCAGCAAAGAAGAAGAAGAAGAAGGCUGAAAAACAGAUGUUGGCAAGUGGUGCGCCACCAGCUUGUCCUGCUGGUGAUGCACAACCUAAUGCAGAAACACAGGAUGCUUGAUAGACCGUCUAGUAUUGGUCAGGCAGUGUGGGUGCAUAACAUAUGCAUGUGAGUUUCCUAACCUCACAUGUAAUGUAACCAUGCGUGUGCGAUGUGUACUCAUUACCACGGCGCCAAUGAACGAAAGCUGUAGGUAUCGUAGAUGGUUUUGUAGAUGGUAUGGAUACGUAUGUGAUGGCUAUGUAGGGUAGGUGGCUUUGUAUACUGACGGCGCACCGGUUGUGUUACGAUAAAUUAAGUCGCUGGUCUUCGUCUGGAGAUGCAGUGGCAGAAACCUCGGCUUUAUUGCUUUAAAAUUCCUUCUGGAGAUUAUGUUAUGAGAUUUUUUGUAUUCGCAUUAGUCAAAAAUUAAAUGUUAAAUGUUUGGCAACAGGAGAGUGGUUAUGGUGCAGGCCCAAUGAAGUCGGUACUGGGAAAGCGGUCGUAAGUUGGUUGGCAGUUACAUACAGUGCAUUUAGUCAGGUUCAACAGCUGAUUAAAAUGCAAUUUAAUAAUGGUUAUUGUCGCAUACAAUCACUGCAUUAUCAAUUCUGGAAAUAAAAAGUAUUUUCUUACAGUACCAUGAAUUGGUAUAA